AUGAUUUCUCUUCAUCAGACCUUCUUGUUCUUGCACAAUGGCUUCCAAACCUCUCCAGCGGUCGAACACGGUACAAGGUACAGUUGUCUAGCAAUUCCAUCGCUACAAUCCACUAACAAGAUAGAUGACGGUCGCAUCGAUGUGGAUCUCGACUCUCCCGCGGCAAGAACCGCUCUCAAGUUCAUCCCCCGGCUCGGUGAAGACGAUAUCAUAAGCCCACCGCCUACCUACUCAAGGCCAGUGGAAUGCGAUAUUAAACUUAACAUUGUCAUUCAUGUCGUGGGGAGCCGAGGUGAUGUUCAACCUUUUAUUGCGCUGGGGAAUGAAUUGCAAAACCAUGGCCAUCGAGUACGGUUAGCGACACACGAUGUGUUUGAUUCCUUCGUUCGAAAGUCGGGUCUGGAGUUCUAUCCGAUAGGCGGCGAUCCUGCCGAACUCAUGGCAUUUAUGGUGAAGAACCCAGGUCUAAUCCCAAACAUGAAGAGUCUGAAGGCAGGGGAAAUCUCACGAAAACGGGUGAUGGUCCGAGAGAUGCUGGAAGGAUGCUGGAAGUCUUGUAUUGAGGAUGAUCCUCGCACAGGGGCCCCGUUCGUGGCCGACGCCAUCAUCGCAAAUCCUCCCAGCUUUGCGCAUGUCCAUUGUGCCCAGGCCCUAGGUGUUCCCCUACACUUGAUGUUCACGAUGCCUUGGAGUUCGACAUCGGAGUAUCCUCACCCGCUGGCUAAUUUGAAAUACUCGGGUAAUAACGCGAGUUUCGCAAAUGCCGUUUCAUAUGGAGUUGUGGAGUGGAUGACCUGGCAAGGGCUCGGCGAUGGCCGAGCCUUGUGCAGACACUUAAAGUACCGUUCACAUAUUGCUGGUCGCCAGCCUUGGUACCCAAGCCGAAGGAUUGGCCGUCUUACAUCGGUAAUUUCCUCCAACCCUUCCUUGUUGUGCCCUACUAAGUGUCUAGAUGUAUGCGGCUUCUUCUUUCGUGAAUUGCCGAUAUAUACCCCUUCGUCUGAGCUAGAUGCAUUCCUCCGAGACGGCCCACCCCCAGUGUAUAUUGGCUUCGGUAGCAUUGUCAUUGAUGAUCCCCCGCGGCUCACUUCGAUUCUCGAAGAGGCCGUCCGAGCGGUCGGAGUUCGUGCGAUUAUCUCACGAGGGUGGAGUAAGCUCGGGGGUUCUUCAUCAAAAGACAUCCUGUAUAUCGGCGACUGCCCUCAUGAGUGGCUCUUCCAAAACGUGUCGGCUGUGGUACAUCACGGCGGUGCGGGGACAACAGCAUGCAGCCUACGCUUCGGAAAGCCCACCGCCAUUGUUCUCUUCUUUGGAGAUCAGCCCUUCUGGGGUAAGAUGAUCGCGGCGUCUGGUGCCGGCCCUGAGCCAAUCCCACAGAAGUCUUUGACGGCUGAAAACCUCGCUGAAGCAAUCCAAUACUGCCUUACUCCUCAAGCAAAGGAGGCCGCUAAAGACAUUUCGAAUAAAAUGCAAUACGAGGCUGGCGUCAAAGCAGCUGUCGAAUCCUUCCAUCGAAAUCUCCCAUUAGACCGCAUGCGCUGCCAGGUUAUUCCCGACCAGCCUGCGUCAUGGAUCUACAAGAAGUCUGCAAAGCCUGUCUUCCUCUCCAAAUUAGCCGCUCAGAUUUUACUAGAUCACUUACGGAUUGAGUCCAAGAAUUUACAGUCACACGAAAUCCGUCCUAUAAUCAUAACCAAUCGCCGAUAUGAUCCGAUCACAAGCACAACCUCAGCAACGAUAGGCUACGGUACAGAUAUGCUAAGAGCCACAUCGGAUAUGUUCCUGAAACCAUACCAAGAGCUGAAGAGUCGAUCCAACACGACAACUCCAGCAGCAACCAACACCGAAGAUCCUCUCUCGAAAGUCGACUCGCAAACCACAACUGCCAGCGGCAAGAACAAGGUAGACUGGGAUGCCACAGGAGCGGCGAUAGGCGCCGGUGCAGCAGGAUUCGGCAAGUUUAUGAAGCACGUUUACAAGGGAGUCAUUGUCGACAUUCCGCUAGCUGCUACGGAAGGCCUCCGAGCCGUGCCUCGUCUAUACGGUGAAGAGGUGGAAGAUUAUGCUGUCCGCGACUGGAAAAGCGGUGCUAUCGCGGGUGGCAAGAAUUUCACUCAAGGGAUGCGGGAAGGCUUCACCGAUAUAUUCACGCAGACUCACAAGGGAGCCAAGGAAGAGGGUGCGGUGGGAAUGGCUAAGGGCUUCCUGAAAGGAACACUUAGUAUUGGUACUAAAGUACCAUCAGGUAGGCUAGUCCUAUCUUUUUUAAAGAAGCUUGCUGACCCUUGGAUAGCUGCCCUCGGUCUCGUGGCUUAUCCAGCUCAUGGAAUAACCAAGAGCCUACACACGGUGAUCAGGUCAAAGACGAGGAAGCAAAUCGUCCAAGCGCGACUUCGAGAGGGCCAAUAUAUCGCGCGAAAGGUUGCAAAGCCUGGAAUCGAUCACGCCUUAGUAAUGCAGACUUUCGAUGCUCUGAAGAAUGCGGAUACAAGUUGA